UCCUUAACUUCUUCUAUCUCUACAGCAUCUCUUUGUUCACCGAGCAUCAUGUAUCUCUCCACGGCCCUCCUCUCUCUUAUCUCCCUGACCUCGGCCACCAACCUCCCAUCACCACAGCGCCUCUUCGCCAACCCUGCUCAACAUGAUGCUGGUUUCACUAUCCCCACCGUUCACGAAUCCGCCGUUCAAGCGCGCCGCAUCCUCCGUCUCGAAAGCAUUGGCACGCUCUCCACCGUCUUCCCCCCCUCCUCCCACCACGCCACCGAGAACCGGCCCUCUGUCGAUGGCGCACCCAUCGGGUUGAUGGACUAUUUUGGCGACUGCGAACCCGACACCGGCAACCCCACCAUCCUCGCUAUCACCAUCGCAACAUCCUUCAAGAACGUCGACGCGGGGUCCAACAUCACGCUGAGCAUGCGCUGGCACCCUCAGGACAACGUGUGGCGCAGCCCAGCAUCGCUGCCUCGUUUCUCGCUCGUAGGGCACUUGGAAGAUAUCAGUGCAGACGAGGUUAGCAAGACGAGUCUUACGACGUGCUUUGUUAAGUACCACCCUGAUGCUGCGUGGUGGCUGCCUGGAAACAGGAUCCAUGAGAGCAAGUGGGUGAGGCUGGUCGUUGAUGAGGUAUACUGGAUUGGUGGCUUUGGAGACCGUGCGUACAUCGGAUGGAUUCCUACAAAGGAGUGGUACAGUGUGGCGCCCGAGGAGAUUGAGGCUAUUAGGCUGCCGGGUGAGAAGAAGAGUGGGUGGGGCAGCUGGAGGUCCUGGGUUGGACUUGGAGAGGAGGCCUUUGAGUUGUAAAGAAUCUUAGCCUUGAAGGAUCAGAGAACACUUCGGCGGUACGCUGAUAGGAAAGAACGACGAGAACAUUUAGUAUCGAGGCUGUAUACUCGAGCGAACUGAUGAAUAGCACAUCCAGCAUCUUGUUAAAGAAUCCAAGAAGAGCUAGCUGCAAGUCUGCAUCUACGUCGUACCAAGAUACAGCAAAGUCUUUCAGGAUAACUUGUAGCCAGUGGCGCCCCAGACAAUGCCUGUGGUGAGGACCGAGAUUGCGACGAGCCGAAUGGCUAGUAUCCAGAGAUCACCCCAUCCGAGCUUGGGGUGGACACGACCUUUUUUGACCCAGGGAGGGUGCAAGUCAAAAGCAAGCAAUUUAGGCCAGCGCAUAACAAAUGCGAAGUUUUAGGGCC